AAUUGGGACAAAAACUACUUACAGCAACGGUCACAGGCUUGGCAGAACACAGGGCUGCGCGCAUACGUGUGUCCGCUGACGAGUACUAGUUCUUGAGCUCGUGUUUAGCCCGUGCACAAAAUGGAGGAGCUGACAGGACCGCUGGAAGAAGUAUUCAAGGACCUUAAACGCCAAUGGAAGGACUUCCAGGAAGCGGAGCCCUUCCUUCACGUCGUGCAAGGAUUCAUUCAUGCGAUAGACUGGCGGGAACGAUGGAUAAUCGGCAUUCUGGUGUUCCACGCGGUCAUGCUGCUGGCUGCACUCACCACGCGCAAGAGCAGCCUGAUCCAGGGGACCAUCUUCCUCAUAGCAGCCGCCACGGUGUGGGGCUCUGAGCGGCUGAACGCGCUGGGUGCGGAGCACUGGCAGUCGUUUGCGGGCCAGAACUACUUUGACCGCACGGGCGUGUUCAUGAGCGUGCUGGUGUCGGGGCCGCUGCUGCUGGCCAUGUUCAUUGUGCUGAUCAACUACCUCAUCAGCUGCUCGGCCAUGUUGGUGGAGGCCAAGAGGAAGGAGCUCAAGUACAAGGCGCGGCAGCGGGCGGCGGCCGAGAAGAAGGCGGCAGCGGGGGGUGGAGGAGGAGGCGCGGGGGGCACCGGGGGCGGAGCGACGCCUGAGGCGAAGAAGACCAAGUGAUGCGAGCGGGGCAGGAUUCCGGGGAGCACAGGGCGAUGACGCGGUGAUCAGGAGCUGAGAGGAAGUAGGCGCAGCACCGCGGCACAGCACUAGGGCAAUGAGUCGGGGCAGUGCCAGUGCCUUGGGCCGGCCGCCCGCUGGAAGAUGUGGGAGGCGCAAUUCAUGGCAUUUGGCGCGGAGCGACGUGGGGCCAAGAGGGACUCAGCGGUGGGGCUGUGGGACCGGGCUGGAUGGAGCUGGAGCGUCGGGUUGGAAGGUCAUUGGCCUCGUCAAAUUGCGAGAAGGCGACCACGCCAUUUUCCCAUUUGUCAGACCUAAUAGCUCGUUUCACAUACACAGUUGUCGACUGGACUGACACCGCAGCGCUGACGAAGUGUUGACAAAAUGCCUCUA